AUGGACGUCGAUUUAGAUUAUUGUUUGAAGCGUUUUGCUGAUGAACAAUUGGGUGAAAGUAUCAAGGAAGUUGCUCAACUUCAACGUAAUAUUAAAAGAAUGCGUACUAAAGUUAUAGAAAUGUCACAAGAAGAUGAUGCAGCAGUAUGUGAAGAAGAAAAUACACUAGCAGAAAAAUUCUUAAAUGAUUUUAAUAGGAACAAUCUAAAUAUCAAUAUAACACGUCAAAAGAUUGAAAAUGAAUUUCGAAAAGCUCUUUAUGAUAUCAAAGUUGAUAUUGAUGUUAUAGUUCAAAUACCAACAACAACGAGAAAUAAUAAUCGAGAAACUAAUGAAGAAAUACGAAUGGCUAGUAAUAAAAUACGUCAGCAAAUUACAAGUAUCGAGAGUGAAUUAACUCAUUUAUUUAAUAUGAUAGACUCAAACAAUUCUAUUAAUUGUUCUUCUCGAGUUUUAUCAUGGCUUCGACAACAUUAUGGAUAUGUGAAUGAGCUCAAUCGAAUAAUUGGUAAAGGUAAUAGUUCUGGUGAUCUAUUCGCUUUUUCUGAGAAAGGUCCACUUAUGCACUGUGUAUUGGAGCGUGCACCUCUUUGGACUCAUCGAAAGAAACUUAUAGUUAAGUUUAUUCAUGAAAUGGAUGAAGAUUCAAUCACCAGUAAUCGUCUCAUUGAUUCUCUCUAUCGGAAAACGGACGUAUCUAGUACAACUAUAUUUAUUCAAGACUAUAUACAACAUCGUCAAGAGGAAAGACGUCACCGAAGAGAUCAAUUGUUACAAAAAAUGGAAGUAGAACUUGAAGAACAACACAUUGAACAACAAACACGAGCAACUGAAUUAGUUAGUGCACUAUGUCAAUUGUCUGCGCAUUCAUUAAAUGACUUUCAAUUGAGUAUAAAACUCAAAAAAGUACUCCAUCAGAUGGAAACAUCCAAACAACUUGUGCCUAUUCUAAUAGAUUAUUGUGAAGAAACAACAGGUAAGAGAGUAAAUAGAAAUCAAUAA